GUCAGCAAUGCGCAUGUGCUCUCGUAGACCCUCUGUAUAAGACGAAACAACGCUGCUCGUCGGAGAAACUGCUUGUGGUAGUCGAGGCUUGCGUCGAGGCCAAAGGAGGAUAAGAUAAGAUGCGGCUGCAAAUGACGGGUUGUACGCACACGUGGAGGGGAAGCGAGUCACCCUUAAAUAGUGCGCUCGCCUCCUUUUGACCACAACUCUCAUCAUUGUGAACAUGGUGGCCCAUGAAUCCCACCCUUCAAGCAUUUCCGAGCUUGAGACCUUAUCUGACUCUGACUGGCUUGAUAUACCCAGUAGCCGUGCAUCAGACAACGAUUCAGUCAUAGAUUUUGACAAUUACAGCGAUCGUGAAGGCAUCGAUAGGCCGUCCUCACGACGGUCCUUCACCAGCCUUGCGAGCUCUCGCGAAGGCGUUGUUGAAGGAUGGGAGGGUUUGAUUGAAGACAGUGCUGAUGAAGCUCCUCCAAACGAUUGUGAUCCCUUCGUUGACCCCAUCACCUCUGCAGAGAUCACACCUGACGACGUCCAUCCAACUACUACAGUCGAGGAUGACACUGAAGAUGAACGCGUCAAGGCUGCAUUAGAUCAGAGCAUGAUGAGCACACUUAGUUCCUCCCGCUCUAACUCGCUUUCCGGGUCUAUGCAGACCUCGGUCAUUCGAUCCACUCGCGAUCUGAGGUUGUCGUUCCCCGACCCUCUUACGAGCUCGCGAGAACAAUUAUCCAAUACGUCUUACGAAGAUCUUACUUCGAGCCCGCGCGCACUACCCGCGGAAGCAGACGACGCGUCUUCGAUUGGUGAUGUUGUUGAUCCGGGUCCUUCUGCCACACCCGAGGUCACACUGAACCUGAUUCAAACCAAACCUCACAGCGAUGUUCCUUCUGCAAUCACCCCCGAUUUCUCUAUUGUACUUUAUGGCUUCUCAGGAUUAACCAAGGCUUCCCUCGUCAAUUCCUUGCUCGAGAAAUGGGCAUCUGCCUCCGGCCUUAGACUCGCAUGCAGUCUGACGCAUGCUCCGGGAGUUACUACACAAAUCUUUAUCACCCAUAGCGACUACGAUGAAGUUUCACCUACGCGUCGAUAUAUUUCUGUGAUUGACAAGACUGGAUUUGACAACUCGUGCAGUUCGACGGAAUCUAGUCAAUUGGCUUGCCCGUCCUUAGCCAUCGUCUUUUUACCCACUUUCUCUUCAGAUUUGACUUUACCAGAGCAUACGCUCUAUCUUCCUAUCGUCCUGCCCAAUCCGCUUGCCACGGUCGAUGUAUUUGCAUCUACGGAUUAUCUGCUUGACGCCGAACAACAAUGGGAUUCUUGCGGGGUAUCAUCUGGCAAAUUGACUAGUUUGAGCGAAUGGUCGAUGCCGGUCGUGGACCACGAGAAGAUCGAGCAAGCUAGCCCGGAACGUAUUCACCAGGCUCUUCAGCCUCUUCUAUCCCGAGCAACAAAGAAGACACGAGUCGCCCUUAAUCGUCAGACGAUAAUACUUGCCAUGAUAUCUCUCGUGCUCGGUUAUGUUGUUCAUCACUCUUUCCAGCAACCUUCAUAUACUCCUGCGGUUCACAUAAGUGGCAAGAAUGGGUCCGGGACGCCAGGGUCACUGCCAUCCCCACCUUCCGCCAUGAACCAAUCUCGUAUUACGGUUAUCGUAACGCCAUCUAUCCCUGCUAUCGCAAUUUCGUCGCAGAGUAAGCUCGAGGUAGCAGUGUUCAAUCCUCCAUCCACCGUGGCAUCCACUUCAUCGGCGACUCAUUCUACUGUCACUUCUGCAACUUCCGAUCAUACACAGGUAUCUUCUAUCGCACCAACGGAAUGCAACUGCGGAUGUGGAAUGGUCUCUUGGCCAGGCAAAAUGCCAUCAACAGACCUCAUGGUCCGUCCGUCGACGCCUGCGCCCGCAUUAAUUACAGACGCUCGUUCCAAGGGAGUAUUUGGUUUCGUUAACAAUUGUAUACGAGGUACUAAGGGUAAGGGCAAGGCUACUACCAUCCAGUUUGGACAAGAGGAUAAGUCGCUUUACGCUUUGAGCACUCGCAUAGCCGGUUCCAUUUCCGAAUAUUUCGGCCACUACGACUUCCAUCCUGUCACCAAGGCUGUUCGCAAGGAUGUGCAAGAGCUCCUGGAUGCUCUUGAUCAUCUCGCAGACGUUAUCAGUCGUCAGACAUCUGUUCUUUGGGAGCAGUCUCGAGGCACAAUAGCUUUACUCCGAGACGAAUUUCAAUACCGGAACGGUCAUGCGAAGGAAAGAUCAAAGCAAUUAAAGGAGAUGGGGGAGCGACUCUUGUGUACUGUUGGAGAGACCAUCAAGACUCGGUCAGAUAUUGCCAAGGAGAGAGCACUGGCAAUUAGGGACCGUUGGGCGAGAACUGAGUUAGGGGAGAGGAUCAAGGUGGCUGGGCUAGGUGAUAGUAUGAGAGCGCGGCGUAUCAGGAGGAAGGAAAGGCGUCAGCAGAAGAAAGACAUGCGUGAGGAGAAGCGGGCUCUCCGUGCUUUCAUUCGCUAGAGAACCGCCUUCAUAUUCCAUAGGUCAAGUAAUUAUCGUCGUUUUGGACACUUUUGUUUUGUACCGCUACUCUUCACUUCUGGUAGAUGUGCCAGCAAUUUGUAUAAUUAUGAAGCAAUCACCGUGUAUUGUAUUUAUGUUGCGUGUGGGAUCUAUCAGAUAAAUGUAUAUGUUACAACAGUCUUAUGAAUACGAAUACAAUGAUGCAUCUCAAGAAAGUGGUCCGAACUGUAGCUAAGAUGAUGUUCAACUGCAAAGAUUGGGGUAUAACCUUUCUGUCGGAUCCUGAGGAAUCCAGCCUCCUUCAAGUCCGCGCUGGUAACUCCAGUCAUCAGCAUUCUCUACCUUCCAGGUCCAGAAGACCCAUCCCUGCACGGCCUCGCCGAUAUUGACUUGCGCCUCCCAAU